AUGUAUGUCGGUACGUUAGUGUGCUUGCUGGCCGCUCUCCUCGCGUCCAAGGCUGACGGUGACUGUCCAGCUCGCGAGGAGGACCCUCACCACGAGAUGCUCCUCCACAUGAACCUGACCUGCGCCUCCGACAACAGUUACCGCCCGCUCAAGGACCUGGCGACCGCCGUCCACGUGCGGCUGAGGUUCCACCUCAACUAUAUGACCUUCGACGACGACAAGGAGACCGUCACCGUGUCCACUUGGGUCGAGUUCAACUGGAAGAACGAGUUGCUGGCGUGGAACGAGAGCGACUACGGCGGCGCCCGGGAGGUCCAGAUGGACAGUCAGGCCAUGUGGUCUCCGAUCUUCACGUUACUGAACGCGGACGUGAGCGUGUACACUCCCCACAGGGUCUACACUACUUGUUUGAUCACCAGCGACGGAGCUGUGACGUGUGUGCCGCUGUUUCCCCACACAGGACUCUGCAGCACGGCGCUGAGGAACUGGCCACACGACCGAAGGAACUGCACGCUGUACUACGCGUCGUGGAUGCAGACGGAGGACAAGGUCAACCUGUCGUUCCACGAGCAGGAUCCCCUCGUGUUCCAGGAGUUCCAGAGCGCGCCCGGCUGGAGGCUCCUGGACAUAACACACGCUCGGCUCCCGGGCCAGCGGACCUGCUGCCCUUACAAGGACCCCGUGCUGUCCAUCUCCUUCAUCUUGAAGAGGGAGGCGGCGGGUCUCACGGCCACGGUGCUCAUUCCCUCUGUGUUCGUGGUGCUGCUCACUUGUUCCUCUCUUCUGCUGACAGCCAACCUUAAGAGCCGCCUCUCCUUGCUGUGUUUCAGUCUGUUCGGACACUUCGUUCUCCUCUCUCAAGUCUGUUUCCUUCUGCCCACGUUCAGCUCCGAGUCUCCUCACAUCUUACUGUUCCUCAGAGCCUCCAUCUUCGUAACCUUGCUCUGUGUUUGGGAGACUCUAUCCAUCAUGUCUCUCAUCAUCAAAGCGUCUCCGGCUCCCGGGUGGGUGGUGAGGGUGAACGGCUCGCUGAUGGAUGGACCGGCCCGGUGUUUAGUGAUCAGUGAGUUUGGUGUGUGUGCGAGCGGAGAAGAGGGCGUCGUUGAUGACGGACGAGCCAACAGAGAGUGGACGAAGUUCGCCAACAUUGUGAACAGUUGUGUGUUCUCUGUGUGUGUUUUACUUUACUCAUUAUUGAUAUUCGUUUACUUUCCCGUCGACAGUUCAUAG